AUUGACGUGGAGGACACGUCAAAUUGAUUCCCGCACGCUGCAGCCUCCCGGUCAGACGAAUUUCUUCCAAUCGGAUGAAGUUCACCCUGGGCCUGGGGUCGCGGGCGUGGAGAGUGUCCUGGGAGGGGGCAGCAGCAGCGGCGGCAGGCCCUGGAGCGGGCGACAGCGCGCUCGGCGGCCGCUCACAGCGCGUCUCCAGCCCGCGGCUGGGCCGCCGCGGCUCUCGGCUCUCGCGCGCCCUCCCUCUAUGCCUCUCCCGCGGCGGCGGCGGCGCCCAAGCUCUCCUGGACUGCGCCGGGCCCAGCCCCGGCCACCCCGGCCACCCCGGCGCCAGGCAGCUGACCGGCCCGCGCGCUAUGGAGCAGACGUAUGGCGAGGUGAACCAGCUGGGCGGUGUGUUCGUCAACGGCCGCCCCCUGCCCAACGCCAUCCGCUUGCGCAUUGUGGAGCUGGCGCAGCUGGGCAUCAGACCCUGUGACAUCAGUAGGCAGCUCCGCGUAUCCCACGGCUGCGUGAGCAAGAUCCUGGCGCGCUACAACGAGACCGGCUCCAUUCUGCCCGGGGCCAUCGGGGGCAGCAAGCCCCGCGUCACCACUCCCAACGUGGUCAAGCACAUCCGGGACUACAAGCAGGGAGACCCUGGCAUCUUUGCCUGGGAGAUCCGCGACCGGCUGCUGGCCGACGGCGUCUGUGACAAGUACAAUGUGCCCUCGGUGAGCUCCAUCAGCCGCAUCCUGCGCAACAAGAUCGGCAGCCUGGCGCAGCCCGGACCGUACGAGGCAAGUAAGCAGCCGCCGUCGCAGCCUACGCUGCCCUACAACCACAUCUACCAGUACCCCUACCCCAGUCCCGUGUCGCCCACCGGCGCCAAGAUGGGCAGCCACCCCGGGGUCCCGGGCACGGCGGGCCACGUCAGCAUCCCGCGCUCAUGGCCCUCGGCACACUCGGUCAGCAACAUCCUGGGCAUCCGGACGUUUAUGGAGCAAACAGGGGCCCUGGCUGGGAGCGAAGGCACCACUUACUCUCCCAAGAUGGAAGACUGGGCCGGCGUGAACCGCACAGCCUUCCCCGCCACCCCCGCAGUGAAUGGGCUGGAGAAACCUGCCUUAGAGGCAGACAUUAAAUACACUCAGUCGGCCUCUACCCUCUCUGCCGUGGGCGGCUUCCUCCCCGCCUGCGCCUACCCGGCCUCCAACCAGCACGGCGUGUACAGCGCCCCCGGAGGCGGCUACCUCGCCCCGGGCCCGCCGUGGCCGCCGGCGCAAGGCCCUCCGCUGGCGCCCCCCGGGGCCGGCGUAGCUGUGCACGGCGGGGAACUCGCGGCAGCAAUGACCUUCAAGCAUCCCAGCCGAGAAGUGGCUGACAGGAAGCCUCCCAGCCCCGGCAGCAAGGCCCCGGACGCCCUCAGUAGCUUACACGGACUGCCCAUCCCGGCCUCGACCUCCUAGGGACAGCUCUCCCCGGACCCGAGCUUGGCGGGAACGGCAGGCGGACCCGGGUGCACAGGUCUGCGCAGCGGCCCCGGCAAGCUGCGCGGGCAGGACCGGAGGACACGCGGCGGAGGCGGAGGAAGCCAGCACCCGCCCCCGGGGUGCACGCCCCGCCAGCCCCCAGGCCCAGCCCUGCCUCUGUCCGGACCCACCACACUUCCUUUAUUGGCCUGGGUUUUUAGGCUUCUCUUAACUUUGGCUUUAGACUGUUGCACCCUCCUCACAAUCCUUGCUCUGACGUGGCCUCCCUCACUCUGCCAGCCUCAAAUUUCUUUUUUGUCACUCUCUUGUCCUUCUCCGUCUUGCCUCUCUCCCUCUUUCCUUCCCUUCUCUUUCUUUCUCACUCUCCCUCCCUUCCCUUUCUCUUUUCUUUCCUCCCUCCCUUCCACCCCCGGCUUUCCCCGACCUACCAUGGCUCCCUCUGCACUUCCACUCUCUUCUCCUUGCUCCGACCUCUGCUCCUGUCCCUCUCCUUCCCCUUCUCCUCUAUCUACUCCUCUAUAUGCUCUCGGCCCUUUUUCCUGGUCCAUCCCCGUCUUUCCCUCUCUCUCUCUUACUCUACUGUCAAGGGCCCUAAUUCCCUUUGUUUUACUGCUUCCCCAACCCUCCGUUAGUCCCUGAGAGCCCUAGAGCCAUCUCGGUGAUAGUCCCUUCUUUGGCACCUGGGACUUUGUAGCCUUCACUCGUCUGAGACCCCCAGCCCUAAUGGAGGGGAGCUCAAACCUAGGAAGGGGACAGAAAAGCCACAGCCUUUAUUUUAUAUAUAUUUUUGUAAUAACAAACCCUAAAAAACCCUCCAUGAACUGUCCUCUCCCUUCGAUCCCCGCGGUAUAUUGUCUGGAAAUCUGUUUUCUCAGAGCCCAGUGGCCGCCGGGCUUCUCUUCCCUUCUGAGAUGAUGUCACCCCAAAGAAGACUGGGAUAGGAGUAGGGAGCACAGGGGUUGUUGGCGUUUUUCUCUGCUUAGAAAACUGGAUGUCCUGCAGGUGUCUCCUCCCAUCCCUCCACUCAAAACACUUGCCAGGGAGUCAAACAAAUGGUAAACACAUCAGCACUUUUUGGUGUUCAGGGGUCAGCACAUUUGUUAAUUUAAACCACAAACGGCUUCCAGGUACAAAGGUUCAUUUGGACUUCUGGUUUGCAAGGGAUGAGGGUUAAAAACAAAACAAAAAAACCCAGAAAGCGUCUUCUAGAGCCAGCUGCAAGAGCUGUGAACUGCUUCCAAGUUAGGUGAGCUGGUGGUGGGACCCUGGACAUAAUGCAAUUCUGUAGUCACAGCAAUAUCCCUGGCGAGAGCCUGACAUCGCCUGUUAAAGGUGGCUGCCUCUGAAUAAAGGAAAGCGUCUGAAAGGUGUGUGGUGAGGUGAGCAAGUCUGUUUCUGAGUGCAGAGUGUUGAAUUCUUACUCCGCAGCUACUCUCUCCCCUGAGUUUCCAGGAUGAACACUAUCAAGGGAAAUUAUUUUCUUGGUUUCCUCAGGAGCACCUGCAUUCCAGGGUGGUCAAGAAGUGGAAGAGAAAGCAAAAUGGAAAUGGGGAAGGCAUUUGCCAAUGGGGUGGGGAGCCUCUUCUUCCCUCGCAAGGGAUGGGCCCUGAGAAACUGAGCUAGAGAGGAAAUAUGCAGAAAUCAUCUUAAAAUGCAGUUAAUUCUGAAAAGAGUAAAAUGGGCAAAAGGCAAUAAGCCAGAAUGGAGGAUUUCUUCAGAACAUUUCUAGUAUUCUAAAAGCUAAAGAAGACAAUCCCAGGCUACCAAGUAAUCUAGGGGGUUUGCACUACAAAGGGGCUUCUGGCUAAUUUUUUUUCCCUCUCUCUGACUUUCUAAAACUGUUGGAAGAGAUUUUUGAAUUGAAGUUGCUGUUUGUGAGUGGAGCUGCCUGCUUGUUGUGUGCACUGGACCCACCUAGGGGACCAGUGGUAAACUGUUUUUAUUGCAUCUCUUUGCGAUAGUACCUGUUGAAGGUAUGAAUUAUAAAACAGUACUUACUUUUUUCCUAGAGAGACUCUUCUUCUCAGAUUCAAAGUCUCUUGUCUUUUUUUUUUUAAGUUUCAUUUUGUAGACAGUGUUAGUGAUGGCUAGAGAUUUGAUUUAUUUUCUCUAGACCACAUAGCAAGGUAUGAAUUAGUGGGCUUGUCCUCGGAAACUGGGUGACACUAUCUCAUCAGAGAGGCAGGAUUGAGACUUGGACUUUGAGACUGAGGCCCUCAGCCUUCCAUGGCAGCAUAUCCUCUAGAAGAGCUUGUCAUACUGAUAAUAGGAAAAAAGUAUGACAAAGAAGUAUGUUCCCAAGUCCCCCAUCCUCUCAGCGUGUCUCCUUGUGCUUAUAUGAGCAUUGCAUGCUCAGUUGUGACAUCCUGGACAGAAUUUUCAUGCACCCAUUUGUGAUGCCUGGAGAAGGACUGGUUUGCUCAGGCCAGGAGGAAGACAUCACAUUCUUUUCUGAAGGAAUGAGAAGAAUCUAUAUGACAACUUCUACCUUUGAGUUGUCACCAUCCUCAUUUCCCUGCUAUGGCCCACUUCUGUGUUUGAGCUGAUCAGGGUUCUGGGGGAAAAGAGCUGGGAAAUGCACUCCAGGAUGGAUGCAAAGCACCGGUGUUUUAAGUGCCACCUGCAAAGGAAGGCAUUUUUCAAAUCUGCCUCUUGUUCCCUGUAUCCUGUGGCUGGAGGUGGGUCUUUGAGUUCCCUGGCUCUGGGGCGAGCAUUCACAGAGGAUAGGCAGCCUUCGUCCCAGAGCCAGCAGGCUCUGGCAUUUCAUGUGGGGUGUGAAGGGACAUACCCCCUCUCUCGUGGCUGGGGGUCACAGAAUGUCUCAGUGAACUUGGCUUAAAUCUCUGCUCCACUGUAUAUGUCAGGGGACUGGGACCUCUCUGAGCCUGUCUGUGAAAUUUAGCCUUCAAUGCAGUAAUGCACACGGUGACCUGCCCUGUAGGAAGACUGGCACUGGUGUGGCUUCACCUCUUUGGAGACAAUUUUGCUUAUCUGUUAACAAAAGUUAGAGGAAUCACUUGUAAGGUUGGUGGGAGACCCAGAAUUUAAAUAUUUUCCAAAAGAUCCCAUCGGAAUAUUGCACUUUUGCUCUUUGUUCAUAUGGAUCUGUGGAGACAUUGAGAGCUCAUAAUAAAAUUAUGCAGCACCACGUCAGGUAGAAUAAUUUGAGAAACAAUCACUCCCUAAACACAGUUUGUCUUUGGCUUUUAUUUUUUAAAUUUGAGAAUAAGAUUUUUUUGAAGAAAAAUAUAGAGAUGUAACCCCCCAAAAUAAAGACAUAAUCACUCAAUAGACCUCUGAUUUUUUGAAAGAAUAGAAAUAAUAUAUGUGUAUCACUAAAAAACUCAAGCAGUACAGAAACAUUAAAAUGAAAAGUGGAAGUUCUUCCUACUCUUAUCUUUGUUCUUAAAGGUGAAUGCUGUUACAGUGUUUUGUGAAUCUUUCCAGGAAAAACAUGCAUGCGGGAAAGUAUCUGUUUCUGUCCAUGUGUUAUUUAAAGGCACACCCUAAUGAGUUGUGCUGUGCACACACACAGACAUGAGCUGAAGAUUUGCUCUGUGUACCACCAGCUUCAGCUCCAGUGUACCCACUUUAUUCUCGUAAAUGGAUGUCUAUUACCAAGGAUUUAUUAAAAACAGGGUAUUUGUAAAGAGGGCCAGCUUCGUGCUUUAAAUGAAUAAAGACAGGAUUUUGUUGUGUUCAUUAUUGGAGGAAGUACUUGCAAUGGAUUGUAGUAACUUCCCUGCCAAAGGUAACUGCUUUUUGGCAAGAAGUAAGGAAAACAAACCAAAGGAAAGGAGGAUUGAGGAACAAGAGGCAUGAAGUUUUGCCCUUCUUGAAUAUGCCCUGAGUUGUUCUACAGAUCACUGAAAGGCAUUCGAAGAUGUGAGGGGAAGGCUUCCUCUCUUUUGGAGGGAGUCAGUCUCUCUGGGCCAGGAAAGAGACAUGGAGGCAGAGGGGUGCGGCAAAACCUUGUCUGAAGAAAUACCGGCUACAAAUAAAGUUUAGAUUUUCAAUACUGGCACAAGUAUUUUUUUUUUAACCUAUCCCAAAUUCAAUUUACUAAAAUCCAUGUGGAAUUAACCUCCUGACGAGUGAACCCCACUCACUGACAACGGUAUUUCUGCCAUUUGUGUGUUUCUUGACUCCUGGUAAGAAGGAUGGAAUUUAUUUAAUUGAACUGUGGUUUCGGUAAAGCACACUGUAGAUUUCCUGGCAUCAGCUUCCCUAGCUAGGAUUACAUUGGCCUGGGUUUCUUUUCAAAAGAAACUCUACCUGCCCCAUGUAAUGCUGGAUGAUAUGAAUUUAGAAUCUUGCUAGAAUGUGCCCGAGGAACUCAGUUGAAAGGAUCAUGCAUCCAGACAGUCUAUAUAAUAAGAAACAUUUGAGUCCCUUCUUUUAAUGAGCAAGAUUUAUGCACAAAGUGGUAUUUGGUUUUCACCUUGACCUUGCUGUCUGAACCAUAGCCUUACUCACUGAAGAAAUGUCCUAUGGUUGAGAUAUUUCUAGCCAAACCUUUGUAUCUCAACCUUAAAUUUUUCUUUUUUCUUUUUUAACAGAACAAGGAAGAAUCACACUGUCUUCUUUUUCAAGGCCAUAAAAUGAGAACCACACAUUUAGCCCCAGUCCAACUUGGGAAUUCUAAACACUUGGAACAAUUAUACUCAGUUUAGUCUAGUCCUUUCUUUGGAGUUAAAACCAGUUGAAACUCCUGCUGUACUCUAAAGAGCUCUUGUCCAGGAGAUGCAGCCUGUGAUUCUUGUUGGAACACACAUCUGUUUCUGGCCGGCCAAAUCCAAAAGUGGAAUCCCAAUUGCAGUUUUCACGGGUGAUGGAAUUUCGACUGCAUUAUAAUGUAACCACCUGGGUUGCCUUCACUUUCCUUUUUCUUCUUAAGGAUGAAAUAGGCAGAUAAGUAUUCAUUCAGCUAUUAAAUUACAUUUCCAUACUGUAACGUCUUAUUUCCUUUUUCUCUGGUGAAAUAUAUUGACUUGAUGGAUUAUCUGCAGUGUCAUUUCUUAUAUAGACCUCACAAUUUUAACUUUCAGGGUCUCUUUCAGUCAUUUGUGGAUGUGGUUUUAGCUUUGUAAGAUUUUAUUUUACCCCAAGCAACAAACAACAAAACAAAAAUUACUAGAUUUAACAACAAUCUCUUGGAUGAAAAGUAAGCAAGAUAUUUAAAUGAAUGGAAAGAAACUGACUUCUUAAAAAGUUGAAUUGGAGCCUGAAACUUGUGAAACAUAAAAAGUAAAACGCUUCUUUGGCAAACAAGUUGGAAUAUGAUUAGCUUGAACUGGGAAGCUGAAAGUAUUAUUCUGGCCACCAGGGGGAGCACACAUUGUUCCAGGAGAUAAAGACAAGCAUGCAGAUAAAUAAUACAAUGUAAAACAUUUGUCUUUUUGUUAAAGUGGGAACUUUCCUGUUGUUAACGUCCACUUACAAGAGAAGGGCUCUUGUUGUUGUUGUUAUUAUUGUUAUUGUUAGCCAGAUGCUGGCACAUGUGGUAAAAAAUGGACUUUCUAGGCUCAUCAACACAUGACUUAGCAAACAAGUUGACUUAGACAUCAAUAGCACCUUGAAAAUAAGUUUCACUUCCAACUUUGACCGUAAGAUAUACAUAUAUUGAAGUCUUUGAAUUUAAAAUAAACAUAUGUGAAUUUUAAAAGCAACUGACCAGGCACAGUGGCUCAGGCCUGUAAUCCCAGCACUUUGGGAGGCUGAGGAGGAAGGAUUGCUUGAGCCCAGGAGUUUGAGACCAUCCUGGGUGACCUAGUGAGAUCCCAAUGCUACCGAAAAAAAAAAAUAGUUGGAUGUGGUGUGCAUGCCCAUAGUUCUAGCUACUU